GCACAUUCUCACAGACACCAACCUGGCAGUUCAUAAGCCGCCUCCUCAGGCAUCCCACUACUCCAUCUGAUUCUGACUUCCUUUGCACUUUUUCCGUCUUCCACCAGAUCCAGCUGCUUGGAGCUGGAGAAACAGCCUACACUGUGCAGCCACCACGCUGACCUUUAGUGAUCACAUAACCUCACCUCCUCAGUGCAGCCCACAUGAUGUUGCACUUACUUUAGGAACUCCACACACAUAGAGAUAAACACAAGCAGUAUACACACAAUUAGGAGAGAGGUUUUUUUUAGCAUGCCCACGAAGUCAGACCACAUGCAAACACGCACAAACUCACACACAGGCAGCAGUGUAGGAGGAAUUUUUUUAAGAUUUUAAAGGGAAACUCUAUCCAUUCAGUAUUUCACUUCCAGAAAGCUGAGGGAAUCACAGAGGACAUAUUAAAAUGAAAACGGUCAAAAUUGGCUGAGCUAGACCAUAUUUUUGACUAUGGUGUGGCCUAAUCUCCAAAAAUGCUGUAUCCUGCAAUUCCCAUAAUGCAACUCAGUAGCGACUUUAAUUAGGUCCCACUAUCUCACCAUCAGGGAAUUAUUUUUUUUUUCAGACUUUAGAAAAGCUCCUCCAGAGCCAGAAAAACACAUGGAACUGAUUUUUACAGGCUCAUUAAUGAGUAAACUUAACUUCAUGUGAACAAAUCGGAAAACACAGAAAAGACUUCAUUAGAAAGUCCUGCAUUCCAAAAUGUUCAGAAGUGCAGAUUUAACUUUUAAAGUAUAAGCAGUUAAAUGAACAUGGGCUUUCAAGGUACAGAUUCUAAAAUGUGUUCUGUUUUGUGGUGUCAGAUUCAUAAUGUUUAACACAUCGUGCAGGUUGUACCGUGUUUAAUAGUUGUAGCUGCUCCAGGUGGUGCAACAGUUUACACCCAUUGCUGUCCCCUGAAAACCCCCAAUAUCUGAUAAAUUUUCCUUGAGAGAUGUUACUCAGUGGCUAAUUUGCUUUGUGGAAAUGUAGGCAACUGGUUUUGAAAAGGAAGCAAUACUAGACUAACGGACUGCUUUUCAAAACCUGGCAACUACAUUGCCAACAACGCAACUGGCAUCACUAGAGGCCAUUAAUCAAUUGACAUGCAAUUCCCACUGGAGACACAAAAUCAUUUAUAGUAUUUUUUUUUCACAUAUGCAGUAAUGCUCCCCAAAGUGUAAACACACUUUAAUGUACACAAUAUGAGUUAGCUUGUAUUUUGUUAAUGUAUAAUGCAUGAUCAUUCAUGUAAAAAGGACCAUGUAGUGAGCUUGUUCCACCCGCUGAAGCCAUGCCAGUGUGUGUGUGUGUGUGUGUGUGUGUGUGUGUGUGUGUGUGUGUGUGUGUAAAUGGUUGUGCGACCGUGCGGUUGUGUGUUUGGACAUAUGGCGCGGGUGUAUGUCGGAUGCAGGGCGGUGCAUGUGCCAGCAGCCUCUGGGUAGCUUUCAGGACAUUUCUCCAACUGGCUGCUGUCUUGGCCGUGGUGGCAGCACUUAGCUCAGGGUGAAAACUCUUUUCCUUCACGCAGGAUGUCAACCUGGGUGUUGGAGCCCCCAGGGAGAAUUGGUCUGUUAAUUAAAGACCAAGAAAAGAUAGGCCUAAUUUUGAAAUGUAAAUAUCCUGUUUAUUAAGUCAGCCUCUUAAAGGCAAUGAGUUGUAAAUUAGGCUCCUUUGAUUAUCAAGCAAGUGACAUUGUCCUUAAAGGACAAAGGGAUGUGGGGUGGAAGUCAGUAACCUGCUCACUGAAUAAGACUGCACAGUGGUUUAACUCUAACAGAUCCGAGGACAGCUCCAACGGGCCUUUUUCACAGCAGACGUUUCGACUGGUCAUAGUGUUGCAAACAACAUUAGUGAUCGCUCUUUUCUGUGCGAGUGUCCUAGUAAGCUGUGACAGUGUGACAGUGAGUGUGCGUGUGCAGCACCAGGACCCUGAAAUUGAUGCAGUUAAAUGGAAUUUGGCCGCCAUUCAUCUCAAUACCUAUUCAUCUGUAAUCAAUACAGUCCGUACUGUUUAUGAGUAUUCUGGUCAGUUUUAUCACUUUCCGUUGAUGCAGCCCGGUUGACUUAAUCGCAUGUGUUGGAGAGGCAUUUGAACGCAUCAUUAAAUUUAAAAUGCAGUGAAUUCCCUGUGAUACCCAGCCAGCAACACUGUUGGUUAUCUCUGAAUCCAUACCUGGUUCUCUAUUGCUCUCUGCUGGCCAAAAGGCAGAACUGGCCUCGCUCGCUCAGUGCUGCAGACAGAGGCUAGUGCUGAAUGCUGAUCAAGGAUCAGAUUACCCUCCGCAACCCCAUCUUUAAUUAUUACUCAGCCAGAUGGUGAACUGAUUUUAGAUCAGUGAUUAUGGUCAGUUUCCUAUGAACCCCUGGGCCUCUCCAGUGUGAUUGUGAAGGAGACUCUCGGCGGUGUCUGGUUCGUCUCCGCCUUUCUAAACCUCCUAAUCAAAACUUGAUUCACAGCAGGCAGGCCGCUGAGUGGACUCUUUAGUCAAUCAAUGGCUUUAAUUAUUCAAUUAAAGCUCUAAGGAGAUGCUGGAAACUCGCCAACACCGCAGUUCUGGAAACAGGAGAAUUGUGUUUUGGUGUGUGUGUGUUUGUGACAAUAACUGACAGUGGUGUGCUUGACCUGGUCAGCAGCGUGACUCAGAACGGAAACUUCAAACUUCACACGUAAUCCCUUUGUUUGUCACCUUGGUAGCCCCCUACACAGCUGAUGGCCCUGCUGGAAAAACCAACAUAGAUAGCACACAUAGCAUACAUAGCACCAGAACCAGCACCAAAACACAACAUAUGCUGGUCUUGCUGGUGGCCAGUGACUAGCGAGACCAGCAUAUGUUGUGUUUUGGUGCUGGUCUAUUCUGUUUUUUCCAGCAGAGUUUGUUCUCAACUCCUGCUUGUGGGUUAGUCUUAAAGGGGCAUCGGCAAGCAGGGAUUCCAAUGUCAAGUUUGCAGUUUUGUGGUCCACAAAAGAUGUCACGAGUUUGUGACCUUCACUUGUCCCGGCUCCGUGACGGGUCCCAAACCAGAUGACCUAAAGAGUCGACACACGUUCAAGGUCCAAACUUACUCCAGUCCGACCUUCUGCGACCACUGUGGCUCGUUGCUGUACGGCCUCAUACACCAGGGCAUGAAAUGUUCCAGUUGUGACAUGAAUGUCCAUCGACGGUGUGAGACCAGUGUCCCCAGCCUCUGUGGCCAGGACCAUACAGAGAAGAGAGGGAGGAUCCACCUGACCAUCAGAGGAGAGUCGGAGGAUGUCUUUGUCACAGUGCGGGAGGCUCGUAACCUGAUGCCAAUGGAUCCAAACGGCCUGUCGGACCCGUAUGUUAAACUGAAAUUGAUUCCAGACCCCAAGAGCCACAGCAAACAGAAGACCAAGACCAUCCGCUCGACACUCAAUCCCGUCUGGAAUGAGAGUUUCACCUUCUCAGUGCGUGGUCACCAGUGGGACAGACGGCUGUCUGUGGAGGUGUGGGACUGGGACCGCACGUCCAGGAACGACUUCAUGGGGGCGCUGUCUUUCGGAGUGAGUGAGAUCUUCAGGCGCCCGAUCAGCGGCUGGUUCAAACUGCUCGCCCAGGACGAGGGGGAGUACUACAACAUCCCUGUGCCAGACCCGGAUCUGCAGGAGCCUCAGCCAGAUGCCACCACGCCCUCUCUGCCUCCAGCAACACCUGUCCCGCUCUCCGAGGCGUUCCCCGUGGCCCUGUCCCCUACCCCUCUACCGUCCUGUCCUCCCGUCCACUCCCCGGGCCCUGCCAAAGUCAGAGUGGGCAUCCACGACUUCAACUUCCUCAUGGUGCUGGGCAAAGGCAGCUUUGGCAAGGUGCUGCUGGCAGAGGAGCGAGGCAGCGAGCGUCUGUUCGCCGUCAAAGUGUUGAAGAAAGACGUCCUCUUCCAGGACGAGGACACGGAGAGUGCACUGGUGGAGAGGAGGGUUCUGGCACUUUCCUCUCGCCCUCACUUCCUCACAUCGCUCUACUGCGCCUUCCAGACUGAGGACCGUCUGUAUUAUGUGAUGGAAUACGUCAACGGAGGAGACCUGAUGUUUCACAUACAGAUUGUCGGCAAGUUCAAAGAGCCUCACGCAGCAUUUUAUGGAGCAGAGAUCGCGGUCGGCCUCCUCUUCCUCCACAGCAAAGGCAUCAUCUACAGGGAUCUAAAGCUGGAUAAUGUGCUGCUUGACAGCGAGGGCCACAUAAAGAUAGCUGACUUCGGGAUGUGUAGGGAGGGCAUGUUCGAGGGCGACACCACGCGCACCUUCUGCGGCACCCCUGACUACAUCGCCCCCGAGAUUGUGGCAUAUCAGCCGUAUGAUAAAGCGGUAGACUGGUGGUCCUAUGGAGUACUGCUGUAUGAAAUGCUGGCAGGACAGCCACCAUUUGAUGGUAUUGACGAGGAGGAGCUGUUUCAGUCCAUCAUGGAGCAGAGUGUCGUCUACCCGAAGAGUCUCUCUCGUGAGGCUGUCGCUAUCUGCAAGGGACUCCUAACAAAGCACCCGGCCAAGCGCCUAGGCGCCGGAGAAGAAGCAGAGAGGGAUAUCAGGGAACAUCCGUUCUUCCGCUGGAUUGACUGGGACCGUCUGGAGAGACUGGAGAUCCAGCCGCCCUUCAAACCCAGAACUGGCGGGAAGAAAGGGGAGAAUUUCGACAAGUUCUUCACAGCGGCUCCGUCGGCGCUCACUCCCUCUGACCCGGACAUACUAGCAGCUAUUAACCAGGAGGACUUCGAGGGCUUCUCCUUCUUAAACCCAGACUUUGCCCCGUCGCCUCUCACCGCUGUUUGAAAAUGGCUCCAACGACAAGUGUCUCCAAACUCCCGUUUCCCCACUGAUAGCAAUUUUAUAACAGAAUUUGAACGUGAGAACUAGCAGUAUUAAAGACACCUCUCAUAACCGAAUUCUGACGUUUACAUGACAAUGCCGAGGCACCUUUAUAUUCACGCACUCUCUCUGAUGUGUUUUAUCUUGAUAGUCACAGAAUACAUUGCAGCGAUGCAAACGAAGCCAGUAGAUUUCCAUCUUAGAGUUCUUUUGUAAGAGUCCUUUAACUUGAUAUAAGAGUCCUAUAGUAUAAACCUGAUAAAUGACUCUCUUUUGCAUGCAAUGUUUUUAGAAUGGAUUGUGUGACGCACUAGUUUUAUAGCAUAGAUUAUCCAAGAAAAUAUACCUUUAUAACUUUACAACCGACCAUUUUAAAACUUCUGAUUAGAGUCAUCUUGUGUUGUGAGAAGAAUGCAAUUACAUUCCUGAGUUUUUCUCAUACAGCUAUCAAGGCCACAUAGUAAACAAAACAAGUCACUUUUUAAUGAUUUUGCAGUUCAUACACAGAGAUAAAAAUGUUUAUUUGCAGCGUGUUCACACACAAUACAGUAAUUCAGCAUCAGAAGCACACUCACUCCAUUUGUGUGUGUGAGUGUUUGACCAUGACGUAAACUGAGCCGUAGCCCUUUUAAACUGACCUCCCACAGAAGAGCUCAGACAGGAUCCUCUGGCCUGGCCCGACGUCACACCAGUGCCCCCAGACGACCCAAUGUGAUGCUGAAACAACGCAGCGGGCACAGUUUAUGUGACGGUUAAUGCUGGCUAUAGUGCUGCUUCACUCUGUUAUCACACAGAGAGAGUCAGCACAGUCCUUUUAUUCACGAGUGGUUUUGUUUCUCUGUUAUUCUACAGCAAGCUGUGGAAUUAGGCCUCACCACGUUGUAAAGUACAGCAUCUGUGCUCCUUUAUGACAUCUGACAACUGCACUGAAAUAUGUGUUUGCAGCCUAGAAAAUAUGCCCCCUAUUAAUGUUUUCCUUUAGCCAAAACAGGUGCAUUAUGACUAUUGUGGUGUAUUCCAUAAAGCUUUUUUGCUGUGUAAUGACGUACUCACGGCAUUGAUUAGCCAUAAUUAAAAGUGAGGCUCAAUGGGACUGUUCAAUACAUGGAAAAAUAUUAGCCGUGCUGUCAUUAAACAUUAUCUGAGCAGAGCAGGUGGCUGCAGACGUGCAAUUUAAUAA